GGACCAGGCCACCCGCCUCCUCCGGCUGGGGAGUCCCCGAGGCCGGCGCGCGGGGAAGUCCCAAGCGCGGGUACAAGAGCGCGGCGCGCGCCCAGGAGGGCGGCCAGUACAGUGGCGCAGCGCUCCAGCCAUGUCGCAAGGCCUCCAGUUCCUGCUCCUAGGCUGCGCCUGCAGCCUGGCACCCGCGAUGGCGAUGCGGGAGGUGACGGUGGCUUGCUCGGAGACGGCAGACCUGCCAUGCACAGCGCCGUGGGACCCGCAGCUCUCCUAUGCGGUGUCCUGGGCCAAGCUCUCAGAGAGUGGCAGCGAGAAGCUGGAGCUACCCCAGAGCAGGCAGAACAGCUCCUUCGAGGCCCCCAGGAAGAGGUCUUACUCCUUGACAAUCCAGAACACUACCCUCUGCAGCUCUGGCACCUAUAGGUGCGCCCUACAGGAGCUUGGAGGGCAGCGCAACUUCAGUGGCACGGUGGUUCUGAAAGUGACAGGGUGCUCUAAGGAAGCUACGGAGUCAACGUUCAGGAAAGUACAGGGCAAAGCAGUGCUGCUCUUCUCCCUGGUCAUUUUCUACCUGACACUCAUCAUUUUCACCUGCAAGUUUGCACGACUACAGAGUAUUUUCCCAGAUAUUUCUAAACCUGGUACAGAGCAAGCUUUUCUUCCGGUCACUUCCCCAAGCAAACAUUUGGGGCCAGUGACCCUUCCCAAGACAGAAGCUGUAUGAAUAGGGUCUCCACUGGUUUUUACGAAGCCGAGGGCGCAUCAGAUCAGUGUGCCUGAAUGCCGCCUGGACCGGAGAAGGACGAGCCCCACCCUCAGAUGGCAACCUUUCUUUGGGGUCCUUCACCUGACAGUGGGUUCCACACUACUCCCUGCCACAGGGUCUUGAGCACCACCAUCACAUGAUCAUGAAGCAUGGGACCAUCGCUGCUUCUCUGUGGCUGUCAGCUUAGCGUUUCGUGCGUGCGGCUACCUGGUCAACCCCGUGAAUGCUUUUUUCAGUCAUAUAAAAGCUAUGGUGAGAUGCAGGUGGAGCAGGGCCAUGGGAAACUUGGACACUCUGAGCUGGCCCUGCGACAGACUCCUGAGGACAGCUGUCCUCUUCUACAUCUGGGAUACAUCUCUUUGAAGUCGUCCUGUUUUGUUGCACCAGUCCAGAUGUCUCACAUCUGGCAGAAAUUGACAGGCCAAGCUGUGAGCUGGUGGGAAAUAUUUAGCAAAUAAUUUCCCAGUGUGAAGGUCCUGCUAUUAGCAAGGGUAUUCUGUGUACAUAGAAAUGAGAGGCCAGUGAACUGUUCCUCAGCAGGGCCUAUUCAUAAGACAUCCAUAAAGCGGCAACACAGAGGGAUGCCACAUUUAUUUUUUUAAUCUACAUGUACUUGUCAAAGAAGACUUUCCAUGUUUUUCAAAGAACUGUGUUUGUUUUCUUUCUUUCUUUCUUUCUUUCUUUCUUUCUUUCUUUCUUUCUUUCUUUCUUAAAUGAAUGUCUAGUUAGACAGCAUUGCUAGCUGACAAGCAGCCUGAGUGGAUAUAGAGAGUAUGUCCCUCAGAAUAGAGUCAGCAAGCUAGAAGCAAUGUACAGUGUCUGGCUGGGAAGGGCAGACCAUGGACUGUGCAACCAGAAGUCUGGCCACAGUUGUCCAAGCCUGCCUGUAUGGCCCUGGACAAGUCA